AUGGAGGCCGCCCGGGAUUACGCCGGAGCCCUCAUCAGGUUCCUGCUGCUCUACCCGACUAUGAAGUGGGUGUCCCUCGGCCACCACUAUGCUUUGGAUAUUCCCAGGCAGUAUCUUACGCGGCCUUGGUCUUCGCCAGCUAGUUUAGGUCUCAGACACUGCGAUGGGGUGGAGGACGAAGCCAGGCUUCUGAAUGUGAAGCGUAAGCUGGCCAGUCCUCAUUGCCCUCUGCACCAGGUCACCAGGGACGAGGACGUGCGUGGUCUUUCCCUAGGGAUGGCUCAGCAGCCCCUGACAUUCAUGGGAUCACAGACCAAGAGGGUCCUGCUCACCCCGCUCAUGCGUCCUGCCCGCCCCUUCCGGGUCUCCACCCACGACAGGAGCAGCCGCCGCGGGGUGAUGGCCAGCAGCCUGCAGGAACUGCUUAGCAAGACCCUGGACGCCCUCGUUAUCACCGCUGGGCUGGUCACUCUGGUGCUGGAGGAAGAUGGCACCGUGGUGGACACAGAAGAGUUCUUUCAGACCUUAGGAGACAACACACAUUUCAUGAUCUUGGAAGAAGGACAGAAGUGGACACCGGGUAGUAAUUAUGUCCCAGCUUGCCGGCAGCCGAAGAAAUCAGGAAUAGCAAGAGUCACCUUCGACUUGUACAAGCUGAAUCCCAAGGACUUCAUCGGCUGCCUCAACGUGCAGGCCACCAUGUACGAGAUGUACUCAGUGUCCUAUGACAUCCGGUGCACAGGACUCAAGGGCCUACUGAGGAGCCUGAUGUGGUUCCUGUCCUACUCCGCCCAGGUGACCGGACAGUUUCUCCUCUACGUGGGCACAUACAUGCUCCGAGUUCUGGGUGACACGGAAGAGCAGCCUUCUCACCGGUCCCACUCCAAGGCCCGGGUCACCUGUGGGCAGGGACGCACUGCAGAGGGCUUGGCUGGCCUCCUGACCCGGACACUCCGGGCCAAGUGAUGAGCGUGAAGAUGCUUUUAUGUUGUUGUCCCCAUGCUCUUGGUAGGCUGUGGGUGCCUUCUGCUUAGGGGUGGUGGGAAGGGGCUGGUGGGGCAUGACGUGGGGCUGCCGAGGGCCACAGGCAGGAACAGGACAGCCCGCAGGUCUGGGGGCAGAGUGUGUGUGCAGUGGACCCGUGUGGCUCCUCACCUGCCCCCAUAAACUGACCACGAGAACUCCCUGUAUUAUGUGUGAUGCUUCUCCUGCCUCCUCUCCCCAGAAGCAAACUCAGCUUCCACAGAGAGGCAAACCUAAGCCAGAAAUAUUCUGCUCAAAGAUAAAA